AAAAAAUAUAAGAUGACUAAAAUAUUGAUUGACCUGUACUAGAAACAGUGCAACUACAUUUGCUGUCGUAGCUGGGAGUUGAUUCAGUCCUGAUGUACCAAAGUCAAAACAAAGGAAGAGACGCGCGAGGCAGCGCAACAAUCGGAUUUCAGAGGUUGUUUUGAAUUUGAUUUCCGAUUGGGAAUUGGAACCGGAUGUAAGAUUUUUGGAAUGCGUUUCCAUGUUUGAUGAGGCCAGAUGGUUAUCAGAUCUAAGAUGAAAUGGGUUAUUCUUUCCCUCCUCAUCUUAUCAUUGUUAUCUCUGCUGGCCCAGCUUUCUGUCACAAGGCUUUCGACUGCUGGUUUAGUGCAGUACAGUGCAGAGGCUGGGAUGCGUACCGACUUUGCUAAUGUGUCACGAUCACAGUUCAGCCGGAAUAAGAAGAUAUGGGGCGUUGAGAAGACGUUAGAGUCUUUACAGCCUUAUGCAAAUCCCAGAAGCAGAUAUAUGGGAAACAGUGCGACUAACAAUGAGGUGUUCUUUGAUAGAGAUAUCUUCCAGGAAGACUAUAAGGAAAUGAAUAGGAGCUUUAAGAUAUAUGUUUAUCCUCACAAGCGAAAUGAUCCUUUUGCAAACGUACUGUUGCCGGUGGAUUCUGUACCCAGUGGCAAUUAUGCAAGUGAAAGUUACUUUAAAAAGGUGCUUAUGAAAAGCCAUUUCAUCACGAAUGAUUCAACCAAGGCAGAUCUUUUCUUUCUGCCUUUCUCAAUUGCAAGGCUGCGACAUGACCCCAGAGUUGGUGUUGGAGGUAUCCAAGAUUUUAUAAGAGACUACAUCUUCAAUAUUAGUCAGAAGUACCCAUAUUGGAAUCGGACAGGUGGAGCAGAUCAUUUUUAUGUUGCCUGUCAUUCCAUAGGACGAUCGGCAAUGGAUAAAGCAAAUGAAGUGAAAUUCAAUUCCAUUCAAGUUGUGUGUUCUUCAAGCUAUUAUCAAUCUGGGUAUAUUGCUCAUAAAGAUGCGUGCCUUCCACAAAUCUGGCCGAGACAAGGAGACCCUCCCAAUCUUGCUUCAUCUAAGAGGAAGAAGCUUGCAUUCUUUGCCGGAGAAAUUAACUCCCCAGUUCGACAAAACCUUAUCCAAGUGUGGAGAAAUGACACUGAGAUCUUUGCCCACUUUGGCCGUCUCAAAACUCCUUACGCUGACGAGUUGCUUGGGAGCAAGUUCUGCCUCCAUGUUAAAGGCUUUGAAGUAAAUACAGCUCGCAUUGCAGAUUCACUAUACUAUGGUUGUGUUCCUGUGAGUAUUGCCAAUUACUAUGAUCUCCCAUUUGGAGACAUAUUGAACUGGAAACACUUCUCGAUCAUUGUUGCAACCUUAGAUAUCCCAUUGCUUAAAGAAAUCCUGAAAGGGAUUAGCUCCGAAGAAUAUUUGAUGUUACGAAGUAAUGUGUUGAAGGUGCGCAAACAUUUCCAAUGGCAUUUUCCCGCUGUUGAUUAUGAUGCAUUUUACAUGGUUAUGUAUGAGUUGUGGCUUCGACGGAGUUCUGUAAAAGUCUCUUAGGUUGUUUUGUUAAUAGCAAUCAAUGACUACACAGGUUAUUCUCUAGUGAUCUGUUGUAUCACAAUUGCAUUAGCCUUUUGUAUAAAUUCCCAUUAAUUUGUACUGUGUCAACAUAGUUGCGCAUGCCAUAUCAAUAAAUCCAGUAAAUUUAUUGAUCAACCUCGACAAGAAUCUUAUUGUAAUGUCUGUGGAUCAUUAGCAUUUAUGGAAAAUGAUUGUACAUUAUUAAGGAAGAAUUUUGUUAAUGUGAUAGAUAAAAUGCUUCUCUCCA